AUGACACUUCAGCCAUCAUUUGAGGAUAGGCAAGACUUCGUCGACGCCGAACGAGGCUUUAUCGCGAAGCUCGAACCUGGCGUCAUUAAGAACGCCGCCGGCGAUGUGGUGUGGGAUAUUGACCAAUUCAAAUUCCUUCAUGGAGAAUGCCCCUCGACGGCAAACCCGAAUCUAUGGCGCCAGGGCCAGCUGAACUCGAAACAGGGUCUCUUUGAGAUCUGCCCCGGUAUCUACCAGGUUCGCGCCUUCGACUUGUCCAACAUUUCCAUCGUCGAAGGAAAAGAGGGAAUCAUCAUUAUUGAUCCUCUAGUAUCGUGCGAAUGCGCGGCAGCGGCAUUGGAGAUUUACGAGAAACAUCGUGGCAAGAGGAAGGUGACUGGUAUGAUUUACUCGCAUUCCCACGGCGACCACUACAUGGGAGCCGCAGGUGUCAUUCCGCAGGAUGCAGGCGACUCAAUCCCCAUUAUUGCACCGGAAGGGUUCAUCGAGGCCGUGAUGAGCGAAAGCAUCAUGGCUGGCCCAUCCAUGAGGCGUCGCGGAGCCUACAUGUAUGGGAGAGAGCUUCCCCGGUCGCCCGAGGGUCAUAUCGGCGUCGGCCUGGGAAUGGGCUCGUCUACUGGCGUUACCUCUCUCAUUCUUCCCAACACGCUCAUUCAGAAGACCGGCGACGAGUUGAUGGUCGAUGGGGUGAGGAUUGUCUUCCAGAUGGUACCCGGCUCAGAAGCUCCGGCCGAGAUCAAUUUCCACUUUCCCGAAUUCAAGGCGCUAUGCAUUGCAGAGACAGCCACAAACUGCAUGCAUAAUAUUGUGACGCUACGUGGAGCCCAAGUCCGCGAUGCCAAGGCGUGGUCUGGAUAUCUUGACGAGGCUAUCGUAAUGUUCGGCGGCGAGACGGAUGUCCUUUUCGGAAGCCACAACUGGCCCACAUGGGGACGAGAGGACCUGACGCGGAGGCUGGAAGAGCAGAGGGACAUGUACGGCUACAUGCACGACCAGACUCUUCGGAUGAUGAACUUGGGUAUGACUGGAGUCGAGAUCGCGGAGCGCAUCACGCUUCCUCCCGCCAUCCAGAAGGCCUGGCACUGCAGAGGGUUCUACGGGUCUCUGAGCCACAAUAUCAAGGGUAUCUACCAAAUGUAUAUGACUUGGUUCGACGGCAACCCUUCACAUUUGUGGCUUUACCCUCGCGUCGAGGAAGGCAAGCGCUAUGUGCAGUGCAUGGGUGGCACCGACAACGUCUGCACAAUGGCCAAGAACUUUAUCGAAAGCGGCGACUCCAGAUUUGCGGCGACCCUGCUCGACCACGCUUAUGCCACGGAGCCAGCCAAUGGCACGGUGAAGGACCUCCUUGCCACCGCCUACGAGAAGCUCGGGUACGGUGCCGAGAAUGCGACUUGGCGAAACUUUUAUUUGGUUGCCGCCCAAGAACUCCGCACCGGCAGGUCGGCAGGCAUGAUUGGAGGUGGUCGAACCCCUCUCGGUCCUACGCUCACCGUGGGCCAAUGGCUUGACAUCAUGUCGAUUCAACUCGACGGGGAGAGGGCGACGGGCGAUUCCUUCUCCGUCGACUUCGACGUCCUGGAUGUGAAGGAGAAGUGGAGACUGAUUCUCAGCAACGGUACUCUACACAAACGCAACCUAAGCUCAAGCAAGACGGCGCCUAUUGCGAGCGCAGACUUGACGCUGCGUAUGAAUAAGGCGGAGCUGCUUGAGGCUCUUCGCGGGAAAGGGGUUGCCACGGAUCAAGUAGAAGGCGAUUUGAAGGUCUUGGAUAAACUGAGGGAUUUCAUUUCCGUAUCUAAAAGCUCCGGGCGCGGCCCUAGUCAGCUAUAG